AUGGAUGUCAUCAUCGUGGGGAGCGGGGUAGCAGGCCUGUCCUGUGCUGCCGUGCUGUCCAAGUAUGGGUACAAGGUCAGGGUGCUGGAGAGCCAUGCUCAUGCGGGGGGAGCGGCGCACUCGUUCGAGAUGAAGGGCAAGAGCGGGACGUACAAGUUCGACUCGGGCCCGAGCCUCUACAGCGGCCUGUCCGUCGACGAGAAGACGAUGAAGUCGCAACAGCGCUGCGUCAACCCCCUGAAGCAGGUGCUGGACCUGGUGGGGGAGCAGGUGGACUGUGUGCGGUACGACACGUGGGGGGUCUGCCUGCCUGAGGGAGACUUCCCUGCUACUGUAGGGGCCGAGCCGUUCGCGGAGGACCUGCGCCGGCUGUUCCCCGGGGAGGAGGGGGAGGCUGCGGUGGCGGAGUGGCGGAAGCUGCAGGAGCACAUGGCUCCCCUCGCCGCUGCCUCCGUCGCUGUCCCUCCCGCUGCCAUCCGGUUCGAUGUCGGGCUGGUGGCGACGCUACUUCGCUUCCUGCCCUCCCUGCUGAACCCGCGAGCUGUGUCGCUGCUGGGCCCGUACUCCAAGGUUCUGGACGAGGUGAAGGUGCAGAACAAGUUCAUCCGCAACUGGCUGGACAUGCUCUGCUUCCUCCUCUCCGGGCUGCCGGCGGACGGGACCAUCGCGGCGGAGGUAGCGUUCAUGUUCGCGGAGUGGUACCGUCCUGGAGUGCAGCUGGACUAUCCGGUGGGAGGGAGCGAGGGGAUCAUCCAGGCGCUGGUGCGGGGGAUCGAGAAGCACGGGGGGGAGGUGAAGCUGAACUCGCACGUGGAGGAGAUCGUGGUGGAGGAGGGAGCGGCGCGGGGGGUGAGGCUGCGGGGGGGGAAGACGAUGCGCGCGAAGAAGGCAGUGAUCAGCAACGCGUCGCUCAAGUCCACCCUGCGCCUCCUCCCCCAGGGCUCUGUGCCCGAGGAGUGGAGGAGAGAGCAGGAGGGAACCAAGGAGUGCCCGUCGUUCAUGCACCUGCACCUGGGCUUCGACGCCAAGGGGCUGGAGGAGGCGAUGGGGGGGAAGGAGCUGUGCUGCCACUACAUGGUUGUCAACGACUGGGAACGGGGGGUGGACGCGGAGCAGAACCUGGUCCUCAUCUCCAUCCCCUCGGUGCUGGACCCCUCCCUUGCCCCCGAGGGGACCCACUGCCUGCACGCCUACACCCCUGCCACUGAGCCCUACGACCUGUGGAAGGGCCUCAAGAGAGACUCCCCGGAGUACCUCAAGCUCAAGGAGGAGCGAUCCCAGGUGCUCUGGAAGGCCAUCGAGCGAGUAAUCCCAGACAUCAGGAGCAGGGCAGAGCUGGUCAAGGUCGGUACUCCCCUCACCCACGAGAGGUUCCUCCGCAGGUACCGCGGCAGCUACGGGCCCGCGCUCAAGGCAGGACAAGAUCUCUUCCCCGGCCCCCGCACGCCAGUCUCCCGCCUCCUCCUCUGUGGGGACUCAGUCUUCCCUGGCAUCGGCAUGCCUGCGGUGGCUGCCAGUGGGAUGAUCGCAGCAAAUUCUCUCGGGCUGGAGACACUUGGGAAGCACCAGAAGCUGCUGGACGAGCUCGUGCUGGAGUGA